AUGACAGGCAUGAUUAUGAGUAAUAAACAAUGCUAUAUCCCACCCUUUUAUUUUUCAAAAGCGAGAAUAAAUGAUGAAAAACGAACAGCUGAAAAUAUUGAAUUAAUGAACAAAGUUUCUUGUAUAUUUGGAAAUAAAGAGUUUUUAACAGAAUAUGAAUUUCAAGCAGUGACAGAAGCUUGUAAUUUACCACGUUAUAUGAAUCUUGCUUUCUUUCGAGCUAUAGAUGCUCUUUAUAGUCAAAAUGAACAAGUAACAUUUGAACAUUUUAAAAAGAGCUGGUCUAUAUUUACAAGAGAAAUUGAUAAGAAUGAUAUUGAUACGCUUAUCUAUUAUAUUUUAAAGAAACCAGAAAAUGAUUUUAUUGUAUCAAACGAUUUUUUACCUAUACUUGAAGAUAUUAUUUUGAACCAUCCUGCUUUACAAUUCUUGGAAAAUAACAUUGCUUUUCAAGAAAGAUAUAUCGAAACUGUUAUUUGUAGAAUAUUUUAUGAUGCUCAUUGUCCUUCUGGGAAUUUAACUUUGAAAAAGUUUCUUAAAAGUAAAUUUUCAACUAUAAUUAGAUCAUUAACACCUACUGUAGAUCUUUAUACUGUUCAUAAUAUCUUUUCUUAUAAACAAUUUUAUGUUCUUUAUUGUAAACUCUGGUCAUUGGAUACAGAUCAUGAUUUGAUAAUAACAGAAACAGAUUUAUGCAAUUAUAACAUGGGUGCUUUAGCUCGUUUAGCCAUAGAAAGAAUUAUGAAAGUAGGUCAUAUCAUGGCUUUUACUGACCCCUUAAAUGCGGAUAUUAAUACAGAACCUGUUGAUACAACUUGUUUAACAUAUUUUGAUUUCAUUUGGUUUUUACUAUCUGAAGUGGAUAAAAGUACUGCGGUGGCUAUAGAAUAUUGGUUUCGUUGCUUAGAUAUCGACGGAGAUGGUAUUAUUUCUGGGUUUGAAUUAAGCCAAUUUUGGAAAGACCAGGACAUAAAGUACGUACAACACUAUUAUGCAAGUACAGCUAGUGAAGGUCGAAUCAAGUUUGAAGAUAUCAUGCGGCAAAUGAAUGAUUUAAUUCUACCUGAUAUACCUGGUCAAUUCACACUAAAAGACCUUAAAAAGAAUGGUUAUUUAGCUGAAAGGUUUUUCGAUACGUUUAUCAAUUUUGAUCGAUUUCAAGUUCAUGAAUCACAUCAAGAAGGUGCAAUUCGAGAACAUCAAGACUAUGAAAAAAAGAAAACUCUUCAAGAUGGUAUAUGUAGUAAAUUUGAACCUUUAGUAUUGACAGAUUAUUUAGGUUUCCCAGUAUUAAGUACUUGGAAUGAUUAUACAGAUUUCGAAUACAAUCGUAUUAUCAUGGAUGAAAACUAUGUUCAUUCAUAUGAGGAAGAAGACAUAUUUUCCGAUAAAACGGAAGAUGAAGAUGAAUCUAUUCUUUUAUCUAGUACUGAAAAUCAUCAUGUUGAUUCAGAUGGUAUUAUUUCAAUUACUCAUGAUCUUCAAACUCAAGACUUAUUACAUGACGAUGUGCUUCUAGUGAAUAACGAUGCCAUUACAGUACCAUCAUCAGAUGAAUCUCAAUCAAUAAUGAUUAUGACGGAUAACAUAGAUUUAUCAAAUCAUUCUCUCUAUCAUAGUGAAGAAGAUGACUCUAGUAGUUCUUCUGAUGGCAUCGAUACUAGUGCACUUAAUUCCCCUAUUCUAUCUAAAGAAGAAGAAAAAAAUAGCAAGUUGUCUUCGACUAGUGAUACCCCUACUUCCUAUUUUGAACAUCACCAUAUUUUAUAA